AUGAAACAACACCGGGAUCAUUCUUGGAUAUACUUCUGUGUCAGCCUGUUUUCUGUUGUGGUCACCUUUGGUGCGUCAAUGUUUUUGGCUUCCGCGUUUUCUCGUGUUCAACCAGAGCCCUAUAUGGACGAAAUAUUUCAUGUGAGACAGACCCAACUCUACUUGCAAGGAAAUUGGACUCACUGGGACAAAAAAAUCACUACACCUCCUGGAACCUACGUUCUAUUCGUUGCGGCACAGCACUUGUUGAAACGUGUCAAUCUGCUUAUCAACAGACGUUUAUGCGGCACUCAGAACCCGAUUAAAAUCGCUCUUUCCAUCAUAACUAAUCCCGUUCUCUUCUUUUUCUCCGCUCUUUACUAUACGGAUCAGUGUGCUUUGAUUGCUUUAUUCGGGGCUUACGGUAUAUUUGUUCGUCAAACUAAUGUUGUGUGGCUCCUGGUCAGUUUAUCUACACAACCGAAGUUACCUUGGCGUGCGUUUUUCAACGCUGUCCUUGGAGCACCUGUUCAUUUUGCAGUGGUAUUGGGAUUCAUACUGUUUGUUUACUGGAAUGAGGGUAUAGUUUUGGGCGACAAAACUGCACACCAGGCAGUCAUCCACGUCUGCCAGUUGUGGUAUUUCUUUGUAUUUUGCACUCUGCUUACUCCAUGGCAGGCAUUUCAGUUUGCCUUAAGAUACCUAGUUCAUUCAUUGUUGCUGUCCUUGUGCGCUUUAGCUAUCAUUCUUGUUUCAUUGCGUUACACCUCGUUUGUACACCCCUAUCUGCUGGCAGAUAACAGACAUUACACGUUUUAUGUGUGGCGUAAGAUAAUUUCUCGAACACCAGUGACAUUUUAUUCCCUGUCUGUGGUGUAUCUGUACUUUACAAUGACUCAUUGUCUCAUAAAUACAGCUUUGAUUUUGGGUACUUUAAUUUCAUUGGUCCCUGCCGGUUUACUUGAACCCCGUUACUUUAUAUUGCCUUACACUUUGUGGCGUUUGUUCGCCGUGCGCUUCCUUUCCGGUCAGACUAGCGUUUGGUUCUUGGAGUUUGGUAUGAAUGUCUGCGUGAUUGGUAUUACCAGUUACUUAUUUUAUGCCAAACCUUUCUUUUGGUCUCAUGAACCUGGCGUUCAGCGUUUUAUCUGGUGA